GCGGGUGAAGUUGCGCGCAGGGGCCGGUGGCGCUCGCUCAGGUGGCAGCGGCAGGAGCGCGCCGCGAACCGCCCGCGGCCGGGCAGAGAGCGGCGCCGCGCACGCCCGGGAGGGAGUCCCCGCCGCGCCGGCCACCGGGGCAGCGUGGAGCGCCUAGCACCGCCGCCGCCGGCCAGCAACCUCUGCCAUCUUGACCCCGGGAAAGUUGGAGCCAGCCGGGAGAGGAGGAUGAGCGCCGGGCGGAGCGGAGCGGACUGAGCCGCCCAGCCGGGCGGGAGUGAGAGAAGCCGCCGCCGCUCCCUCCUGGCCGGAGCGCGGACUUGUCGAGAGGGGGGAGCGAAGGCGGCAGCGACCUGGAGGCUCCGCGGCGCCUGGGAGAGGUGGCGGCAACUGCGAGGAGAGCGCAGCAGCCCGGCGCCCCGCUGGCCGAAGGGGGACGAGCGCGGCUGGCUGGGGCGCUGCCGGAGGAGCCGGUCCGGUCGCGGCCGCCGCUCGGCGAGCAUGGAGCGGAGUUACCUGCUGGCCCUGGCCGUCCUGCCGCUGCUGCUGCCGGCGUGGUGCCCGCGGCAGUGCUGUAGCUCGGCCGCCUCGGCCGUGGCCGCGGCCGCGUCGUCCUCUUCCUCGUCGUCCUCGUCGUCCUCGUCCUCGUCGCCGUCGUGCCAGGAGAUCACGGUGCCGCUGUGCAAAGGCAUCGGCUACAACUACACCUCCAUGCCCAACCAGUUCAACCACGACACGCAGGACGAGGCCGGCCUGGAGGUGCACCAGUUCUGGCCGCUGGUGGAGAUCCAGUGCUCGGCCGACCUGCGCUUCUUCCUGUGCAGCAUGUACACGCCCAUCUGCCUGGAGGACUACAAGAAGCCGCUGCCGCCCUGCCGCAGCGUGUGCGAGCGGGCCAAGGCCGGCUGCGCGCCCCUCAUGCGCCAGUACGGCUUCGCCUGGCCCGACCGCAUGCGCUGCGACCGCCUGCCGGAGCAGGGCAACCCGGACACGCUCUGCAUGGACUACAACCGCACCGAGAUCGCCACCGCCGCGCCGCCGCCACCGGCCCAGCCCAAACCCCCGCCGCGCAAGCCGGGCGGCGCGGCCAGGAACCCGCCGCCGCCGCCCGCCGAGCCCCCGCCGCCGCCGCCGCGCAAGGGCCGCCCGCCCGCCGCCGCCCCCUGCGAGCCGGGCUGCCAGUGCCGGGCGCCCAUGGUGUCGGUCUCCAGCGAGCGCCACCCGCUCUACAACCGCGUCAAGACGGGCCAGAUCGCCAACUGCGCCCUGCCCUGCCACAACCCCUACUUCAGCCCGGACGAGCGCGCCUUCACCGCCUUCUGGAUCGGCCUCUGGUCCGUCCUCUGCUUCAUCUCCACCUUCGCCACCGUCUCCACCUUCCUCAUCGACAUGGAACGCUUCAAGUACCCCGAGCGGCCCAUCAUCUUCCUGGCCGCCUGCUACCUCUUCGUCUCGCUGGGCUACCUGGUGCGCCUCGUGGCCGGCCACGAGAAAGUGGCUUGCAGCGGCGGGCCGGCGGCGGCUGGAGCAGGGCCCGCCGGGCCCGCAGGGGGCGCUGCAGGAGCCGCAGCGGCUGCAGUAGGAGGGCGUGGGGCAGCAGGGGGCGCCGCAGAGCUCCAGCCAGAGCUGGCCGUGGCGGAGCACGUGCGCUAUGAGAGCACAGGCCCCGCCCUCUGCACCGUGGUCUUCUUGCUGGUGUACUUCUUCGGCAUGGCCAGCUCCAUCUGGUGGGUCAUCUUGUCCCUCACGUGGUUCCUGGCCGCCGGCAUGAAGUGGGGCAACGAGGCCAUUGCUGGCUAUGCGCAGUACUUCCACUUGGCGGCUUGGCUGCUGCCCAGUGUCAAAUCCAUUGCUGUGCUGGCCCUCAGUUCAGUGGAUGGGGAUCCCGUGGCAGGCAUCUGCUACGUGGGCAACCAAAGCUUGGAGAACCUGCGGGGCUUUGUGCUGGCCCCCUUGCUCAUCUAUUUGGCCAUUGGUUCCAUGUUCCUGCUGGCCGGGUUCGUGUCGCUCUUCCGCAUCCGGAGCGUCAUCAAGCAGCAAGGGGGCCCCACCAAGACGCACAAGCUGGAGAAGCUCAUGAUCCGCCUGGGCCUGUUCACGGUGCUCUACACUGUCCCCGCGGCCAGUGUGGUGGCCUGCCUCUUCUAUGAACAGCACAACCGCCCUCGCUGGGAGGCCACGCACAACUGCCCCUGCCUCCGGGACCAACAGCCCGAUCAGGCCCGCCGCCCAGACUAUGCAGUUUUUAUGCUCAAGUACUUUAUGUGCCUCGUGGUGGGCAUCACUUCGGGAGUGUGGGUCUGGUCCGGGAAGACGCUUGAGUCCUGGAAGGCCCUCUGUACCCGCUGCUGUUGGGCUAGCAAAGGGACUGCUGCCGCUGCCGCUGGGAGCCUUGGAGCAGUUGGCGGAGGAGGAGGGGGCAUGGUGACUGCAGCUGCCGUGGGGGGACUGGGGGUUGGAGGGGGGUCCCUGUACAGUGAUGUCAGCACUGGCUUAACGUGGAGAUCGGGCACUGCCAGCUCUGUUUCCUACCCCAAACAGAUGCCCUUGUCCCAGGUAUAAAGGACAACUUGAGGAGGGGCAGAGGCCGUUAACUGGACUAUCCCUCCCUCUUCAUUAAUGAACUUCUUAAUGGCAGAACAAUGCAGCCGCUGGAGCCCCCAAGUGUCAGCUCCCUUUACUCUUCUGGCCUUUCGACUGUGUGCAGGGAACCACUUCCUUCAAGGCACCAGCAUACUUUGUGGAGGGAAUGGAAACCUUUCCAGGCAAGAACUUUCUAAGCCUCUCUUUGGACUGGCCAGAGACACCCCAACCCCAAUACACACACGCACACCUUUGUUGAAUGGGGCUUCUCUGCAUGCUCUUUUUCCUUUCUUCAAAAUCAGCUUGAAAAUCAGCUGUCUGAGAGGACUGCCGGGGAAGGGGGGAAGAGUUUUAAAUUUAAAAAAAACUGGCAGAUGCCUUAAACACAAUCAAACCUAUGUCUUAAUUAUAUACCCCAAAUAAAUACGGGUUUCUUAUGUUAAAGGAUGUAUUUAUAUAAUUAUUUGGUACCUUGUACAAAACGUGUAAAAUAUGUAUAUAUCCAAAUGCUAUACAGUCUGUACAUUUUUUGUAAAAAAAAAAAAAAGUUUAGAGGCUUACUCUUACACACACACACAUACACACACUUCCUCUCUCCCAAGAGCAAAUAUUUGAAUAUUCUAUUUUGUCAAUAAAAUAAUGAUAAAUGAUUA